AAUCACAGGAGGUGUCACGUGCUUCAAUAUGGCGGUUUCGCAUCAUAACAGUGAGUGACUGUGACUGAUCGUGGAUUCAAGUGCGGAUUAUUUUGUCGAUUACUCACGGAUUUUUCAAUCGGAUUAUGGCACUCGACGGGGAGAGAGUUUGUUUCAAUAGUCCUGCCGGAUUUUGCUCCGACUGCGGAUCGAUUCUGCCACUGCUCGGUGACAAAGGGGCUGUGAAAUGCUACGCGUGUGGAAGAAGUUGGGGACCUGAGGUGUUUGGAGACAUGGCAAUGACUUACAUCCUCGAAAUGACUGAUCUCAAUGCCUACGAAGAUACAAAAGUAAAGGAGGAGGACGACAAGGAUGAAGAGGCUGAGGGCCCAGUAGUCGAUAGAAAAUGCCCUCAAUGUGGUAACGAUAAAAUGAGUUAUGCCACUCUUCAACUGAGAUCAGCUGAUGAAGGGCAGACGGUAUUCUAUACCUGUACCAAGUGCAAAUUCAAGGAAACAGAAAAUUCCUGAGCUAGUUCAGUCACCGAAAAUUUCCCCCCUACAAUGUUUUAUAAAUUGUUAAAGUUGAUAAUGAAUAAAAACACUUUUUUAAUAAGAAAAA